AAGUGUGACAGACCAGUCAGGUAAUUCAGGAAGAGAUAUUCUACUUGAAGCAAUAGUAGCACAGCAUGAUGGCUGUUAAAAACGUCUUUCACAGUUUGGCUCAAGAUGGAGGUUUCUACAUUUGUCACAUUAAAAAGGCCUUCGUACUACUGCUCACAUUGGCAUUCUUGUUGUCUACAAUUGCUUAUAUGUCUGAUGUCUCUUUUGAGGACAUUAAGCUACCUCAUAAAUGGCUUUUUAAAGUCAUAAAUAAGACUCACGGGGUAUUUAAUCAAACUUUGGAUGACGGUAAAGACCGCUUAGCACCAUUGGCCAAGCAACAAAUUCAGCAAUGGGGCGCAGCUAUCUAUCAUGUGGCUCACCCAAGGAAUUAUGAUUUCAUGCUGGAUGAACCUGAUGUAUGCAAGGAGAAUCCAUUCCUGGUCUUGAUGGUUCCUGUUGCUCCCAAUCAGAUAGAUGCUCGAAACGCCAUCCGGAGCACAUGGGGGAAUGAAACCACAGUCCAGGGGAAAGCAGUGUUAACUCUGUUUUUGGUGGGUUUGAUUGUAGGAGCAGACUCUGAAAAAGCUCAACAGCAGCUGGAGGAAGAGAGCCGACAACACAGAGAUUUAAUCCAGAGCAACUUUGUGGACUCCUAUUUCAACCUGACCAUAAAGACCAUGGUGAUCAUGGGCUGGUUGGCCACUCGAUGCCCUCAAGCGAAUUACAGCAUGAAGAUCGAUUCAGACAUGUUCUUAAAUGUUGAUAACCUGGUGACUCUCCUAUCAGCUCCCAAUACACCCAGAGAAAACUACAUCACAGGAAUGGUGAUGUGGAACCGGCCUGUUGUCAGGAGCAAAGACUCAAAAUGGUACGUCUCAGAGGAGCUUUACCCCGAGCCAACAUACCCUACGUAUCUUCUGGGAAUGGGAUAUGUUUUCUCUAAUGAUCUGCCAUCAAAAAUAGUGGAGGCUUCCAAGUAUGUAAAGCCGUUUAACAUAGAAGACGCAUAUAUUGGCGCUUGCGUAAAACAUUUGGGUUAUGCACCCACAUCACCUCCAGACCCUUCUCAGUUUAGAGCCUAUUUGGGACAAUAUGUCCGAGAAGAUUUUUUCAGGGUCAUCACAACAAUCCUCGGAUCCCCACAACAGCUAAUAGACAUCUGGAAGGAUAUACACAGGCCCACAUAACAAAAGGAAACGCCAUGAACUAUUGUGGAUUUACGCUUAAGACAUUAUUAACGCUCAAGAUAUGAGACAUGAUUGAGCUGCAAGCGUGUGGACCUCUUGUUUUGAUGGAGUGAGAUGAUCCUCCGAGGAGGCUUUUACAGGAUUUACUUUUGAAUUUUGGUUUCAGAGGGAUACAGGUUGUUAGAAGCAGCAUUAACUGUUAUGACGUGAUUAAAGUCAUUAAAAAGCAGCAUAGAGAAACACCAAGUGAUGGUCUGUCUACAGAAUGACAGUCUAGCAAUAUGACAACAGCAUGUAUUUACCUAAUGCGACUUUUGGUUACAUAGUUUGCAUGUUCUCCCUGCGUUCGCGUGGGUUUUCUCCGGGUGCUCCAGUUUUCGCCCACAGUCCAAAGACAUGCCAUACAGGUGAAUUGGGUAGACUAAAUUGUCCGUGAGUGUGUAUGGAUAUUUCCCAUCGAUGGGUUGCAGCUGGAAGGGCAUCCGCUAUGUAAAACAUAUGCUGGAUAAGUUGGUGGUUCAUUCUGCUAUGGUGACCCCAGAUUAAUAAAGGGACUAAGCCAAAACGAAAAUGAAUGAUUGAUGAACUUUUGGUUCACAUGUUCUUUAACUACUAUGUACAUGCAUCAAAAAGAUUAUUUGCUAGAUAGAACUCAAACACAGAACGUUCCCCUAAUUUUUUCAUAUGGUUCCAGUUUGGUUAUUUUUUUGGAAACCAUCUAAGAAUGCGUUGGGAAUGUGCUUUGUAUGUUCUGGGAACCUUCCCAGAAUAAAGCAGUAGCAGUUUAUGUUUAAAGCUAAUUUAAUUAAGAAUGUUCUAAGAAUGUUCUUUAAACCUAGAGGGAACAUUCUAUUAAGGUUUAAAAAAUAUUUUAAAAGAGAAGCAACAUUUAUUGGUUGGAAAUGCUGUUAUGUUAAUAUUUUAUUGCUAAACACCUCCACUGCUAUUCAGGUGAAGUUUAGGAAAUGCUUUAUUUCUAUGGGUUUUCUAUUACAUAUCUACGUACAUUAGAAGUGGAUUGUAUCACAUUAUUUAAUUUAUAUAUUUAUAUUAAUAUUGCAUCAUAGUUAACAACAUUAAAAAUCAAGUGGGUCCCAAUUAAAAUAUAUGCAGUGUUAUAUUUUUAUAAUUAUACAUACACUAUUAACAAUUUCCUGCAGAAUCUACAGUAACUCACUGUAAAUUAAUUACAACUAAAAUACUAUACAUCACCUGACAGUAGUCUUGUCGCCUAUCCAAGCUUUAGGUUUUAGGAUCAUUUGGUAUCAGAAGUGGCUUGUAUGAAAGACAAAGGCCUCUAGAUUACGCCUAUUUUUCCUAAAUAAAAUAUGAUCAUGUCUUGAUUUUCUAAUUACUUAAUUAGCACAGUAAGGUCUGACUUUGCUGAGACAAAAGUCUUGUCACUAAACAGUAUUAAUGUACAGUAUAGAAUAUAAAGUCAUGGUGCAGUGGAAACAGAAUUAAUAUUGAGUAUGACACCCAUGAGCUUGGAGGACUGCAUCCAUACAUAUCUGCAAUGACUCAAAUCACUUAUUAAUAGUCCUCUGGAAUGGCAAAGAAAGUGUUCUUGCAGAACUCCUAGAGGAGUUCAUUUUCAACUCCUUAGGAUUCAGUUUCAAUUUCUCCUC